AUGAAUGACUAUAAGCUUGAAGAAGACCCCGUGACUAAGGAGAAGACUUUCAAGAGAUUUGCUCCAAGGAAAGGAGACAAAAUAUACAAAGAAUUUUUAAAAUUCUAUUUUUAUUCUGAUGCUUACAGACAUUUGAAAUUCACGUGUGAAACUAUAAUGGAAGAGUACGAAGAUGAAAUAUUCUCACUUAUGGCCCAGGAGGCACACUACCUCGCUGACAAGCUGUGCAGCGAGAAAUCAGGUCUGUGUGAAACUUCUACUAAUCACACUGAACUCUAGGAAUGAUGGUGCUGCUAGCUAGAGGAGAGACAAGUCACAGCCCCCAAGGUCAAUGUCUGCAUUUCUGUCUUCAUGUUUCUUCAUGAGAAGAAACUUUACGUCUCUUGUUCACAGUGCAUUGUCUCAUGUUUGAUAUUUUAUUGAAAAUCUCUUGUUUGGCAUCAUGACGAGCCCCAAUUCUUUCUAUAGGUGAAGCUGAGGAGUGCAUGAAACGAAUUACCUUUGUAGAUUUUGAUACAAACAGGCUUGGCAGGAAAGCAUUUAACUCAGUAAUAGGAAAAAAGUGAAGACAUUUCAUAAAUGAAAUAAGGAUUUAAUAACGUGUACUGUAUAUUUCAUGCACAUAUACAAGUAUAGUGUUCUGUUUGAUAAAAACUUGAUUUGAUUUCAUAAAUACUUGAUUAGUCAUGAAAUUAAGAAAACAUAUUGCUGCAAAUUCCAGGUUAAUUUUUCUGGGUUGUAUGGCUAUCACUGAAAGAAGCGAACUCACUUUAUAUCAGGAAUGAAAUUUAAAUUUCUAGAAACCUUAAGUUUAAAAACUUUUUAAUUUCUAAAAUUUAAUUAAAUGCAUAAAAAGCAGUGAGCACUUUUACAGGGAACAAUAACUAUAUUGGCCUUUCUGAUGCAUACAUCCUGAAUUCAAAUGAUUUAGAAAGUUGAUUUAUUAUUCAUGUAUUUAUUAUCAUGUAGUCUUAAAGGAUGAUACCAAUGGCCAUGUUUUGUUUUGCUGCAAAAUCUCCUGUCGUGCCUUUGUUUCUUAAAGACUUUCACCUAACAUUUAGCGUGUAGAUUUUACUACUAACCAACCUAUCAUUCUUUCUAUGGAUGUUUUUGUAGGUGUGGAGAUGGAAGGAGAGGUGGGAACUUAUGGAAAAUAGCCUUUUGACCACGUUAAUAACAGAGUGUAGUAAUAAACUAACUCUUGGAGAUUUCAUUGUCUCUGUUAAGUUUACAUUCAUUGGAAUAUAACUUUAAUCAUUUAAAAGGUCAGGACCUAUUUUACACUUGUUUUAAAGAAGAAGUUCUCAUUGUUGUCUCUGAGAAUUUACUAGGUAGGAUGCUAGGUAGGAUCCACUUUGUCAUGCGGAUUUCUAUUUGCUAAGAAUAAGCCAAGACCAAUGAAUCCACUUCACUGAGGAGUGGAGAGUAGAAUAGAGCAAAGUCCCCAAAACAAAAACUAUUUGCCAUAUGUUACCUGAUGGCCUAGAAAACACAUUACUUAAGCCACUCAACUGACUCAUCAGGAGGAAAUAAUUCUCACAUUUAUAAAAAUUUGCCAAAAUGAAGAGAAAGAGGUUUCCAUUCUUCUCCUUUACCCACCUCAACUCUUAUUAAAAGU